AUGAGCGUGCCAGGGCCUUCUCUAGGCGCGGGGGAGGAGGUAGUCAUGACCGCCCACGCCGUGCACAAGAAAACGCCGGGAACGGUAUGGUUCACGAGUCGGAGGGCCUUGUGGAAAGCCGCCGAUGGCAAGGCUGCUGUGCAGCGAGUCGAGGUUGCGUGGGCAGCAGUUAAGAGCUUCCAGUGCUCCCCGGCAAGCGAGGCCAGAGCCAUGAUGCGCCUCCUUCGAGUCACCGAGGGCCAACCCCCCAUCAUUUUCCGGUUCACGGAAACACCCGGUGGUACCCCCAGGGAGGUGCUAGAGAGGGCGCAGGCGGCAGUCCGAAAGGCUCUCAAAGGGGACGCGGGGGCGGGCAGAAGCAAGACAGGGGUUGCUGAAGGCGGUACCAAUGGGACCGGGAAGGGAAAGGCUGGCAAAUAUGGCGGCAGCAGCUCCAAGGACGCGCUGAAGAAGAUGAAGUGGAAGACAAGGGGUGGGCUGCUGGGCACGGCCUCGGGAGGGCAGUCCCUUCGCCACAGGGACAGCAUGCCGGGCGGUCGAAUGCGCAACGUCCACGACGCCCGUCAGCGCGCGGCCCUGCUUGCGGGGGACGAGGUCCUCACGGCACAGUACCGGGAGAUGGUCGACGGAGCCGUUGUGACCGAAGAGGAGUUCUGGGAGUCACGGAGGCGCACUCUAGCGGAAGAAGACGCAAAGACCGCGUCGAGACACACGGGGACCCCGAGCGAGAUGCCUAGCGACCUGGUGGCCGAGACCACCUCCACUGGGACCCUGAAGUUCAAGCUCAACGCGCGCACCAUACACAGCAUCUUUACGAUGUACCCCAUCGUCUUCAAAGCCUACCAGGCUAACGUACCGACGGAGAUGUCAGAAAAAGAGUUCUGGACCAAAUACAUCCAGAGCGCCUAUUUCAACAGAGAUCGAGGCGGCGGCGAUGGCGGCGGAAAUAACAACAACAGCAGCUCCGCCAUCAGCGGCAACAAGAGAAAGUCCUUGGAGGCCGGCGGGGGGGACGGCGGACAGGACGACAUGUUCCUCCGCUUCGCCGCGCAAGAGGCGGAGAGGGAGAAGAGGGAGAAGGCGGGGGAGGAGGGAGGGGCGGGCGGCGGCAAGCGCCGGAAGCAUUCGGGGCCCGCGGCGGGGGGGGCUGGCGGAGGCAGGCUCGAGAGCGGAAGCGUGGACCCUAUGGUGGAUCUGACUUCGCAGUGGGGGGAUCACCACGCCCGAGAGGUGGACGAUAGCGACCCUACGGAAGAACUGUCGGAGGCUGCCAACAAGCGCAAGGAAGUCGUGGGGAAAUUCAAUCGACACGCCAGACUGGUGAUGCAACCACCUGACGGAGGAGGAGGGGGCGGGGCGGCGGGGAGGCGGCCGGCGCUUGUGGACAGCGCCGCGUCAGCGACCGAUAUGCCCGAGCUCAGGUUGCGCGAGGAGGUCGCUCAAGAAAAGCUCGACAUCGCUCACAAGAACCGCUACCGCGGAGGUGGAGGAACCAACAGGGCCGACAGCAACGGCGGCGCUGCCUCCAACGGCGGAUCCAGCGGGGCAUUAAGUGUCGGUUCACUGUCGCGCCCCCAGUCUCCGCGAGGGAUGGUGGUCGAGACGGUCACGCUGGCGGAGGCUAAGGCGCAGCUGGGCCCCGGGUUUUCCAUCCUGGGCGAGAGGCCUCGGGUGUCGGGGGCGGUGGCGUCGCCGGGCCAGGCCAUGUCCGCGCUGAAGGAGUGCACGAGGGAGGCCAGCAGGGGCGUCGGGGACGCCUUCCACCUGCAGGGGCAUUUCUACGCCAGCCUCGACCGCCCCAAGUCAGACGCGGGCGCGGCCGCCAAACUCGACCGCCUCGAGACGCGCAUGAACUCCAAGUACAAAGAGCUCACGGAGGAGAGGAGAAGACUACCCCGCAACGCCGACGGCAACCGCCUGUCUGCGGUCAUCAAACCCCUCCUCGACUCCCUCGACCACGCCUUCCUGAAGCUGGAAGAGAGCAAGAGUAGGAAGGGCGGCGUAGGGGGAGGAGGGGGAGGAGCGAAGAAGCCCUCGGCAAAUACGGGAGGCUGGUUUGUGCCCGGGGACGAUGAUGACGACGAUGAUGU